GACGUGGCUACACGCCUAGCGGCUGCCUCUGUCUGGCAUCCAUGAAUGAGAGGGGAGGAGUAUUUCAGAAGCAAGCCCAUCACUGCGCCGGCCUGCUCCUGCUCCCGCUCUGCUUUCGAUGCACUGCACGCCAAAGCGACGCCCCUACGACGCAAGAGAGAGAAACGCUGCCGCUAGCCUGCUGCUCUAGCGGUCGAGGAUGGAGUGACCACUGCGGCGCCGCGGCCUCGCAGGCUCCGUUUGAGAGUGAGGGGCUCACCUCGUCGGGUCCUAGCAUUGCUCCCCCUCUUUCCUCGCCAUCGCGGAGCGGGGCGAGAGCGAUCGAGGAGGGAGAAACGAGGAGGGAUUUCAGUUAAUCAGAGAGCCGGGGCGGAGAGGGAGGAUGAUGCUGAGGAGGGUGGUGUCCGACCAGGCCGCGGCAGGGGAUGCGCUCGACGGCGCCGCAGGGGGGAGGCUCCGCGGCCCGGCCUUCUUCGCCGUGCCGCGGCUGCUCGUGGGGCUCGCGGCGACCAAGCGCGGGACGCCGGACUGCGACUCUACCGCGCGCAGCCCCAAGUCGCCGCUCGAGCACAGGGCCUUCCCCGCGCUCGGCGGUUCGCUGCUCGGGUCGCCGCGGUCACCCAGGAGCUGGGACUCUCGGCGCGUCGGUCUGGGCGGUCUCGUCGACACCCUCGCCGAGCCCGCCGCCGACGCCAAGAAUCGCCUGCUCGGGUUCCAGAUGCGCCCAACGAAGCUGCAAUGCCUCGCCAAAUCCUACACCUCCCUGCCCAAAGACAUGCCGAAAGACUGCGGGCAUGCGCAACCGGAGCUCGGGGAGGUGGAGGUCGCCGGCGCCGGUGGCAUGUCCGUUCCUUGCACUAGGUUCUAUGGGGAUGUGAAGUCUGGUCCAGAGGUCAUCGUGUCCAGUGGUGCUCAGCUCGGCUUUAGUAACCACUCCGUCGACCGUGCCAAGUUCCCUGCUUCCGGGUCGCUGCCAGUGUCGAUUGGCGGACCACGCCGAUACAUCGGGUCCGUGUCGGCAAUGGAGGUCGAGCAGUCUGAGGACUACACCUGCAUCAUAGCUCACGGCUCCAAUCCGAAGACCACCCGCAUUUUUGGGGAUUGCAUCUUGGAGCCCUGCCCUGUUCUCAUGCCUGACUGGGAGAGCAAGGAGAUCGAUGUGGACAAGGAAGGAGCUGAGUUGUACUGGCUGGUCAAGGGCUCCCCCGACGCCGACGCCGCCGAGGAGUCCACGCGCUUCUGCUCGUCUUGCAAGAAGAACCUGAAUGGCAACGAAUCUUCCAUUUAUCGCGGUGAGAAUGCAUUUUGUGCUGGCAACUGCAGAAACCAAGCAGUCCUGAAUGAAGAUGAAGAUGAAGAUGAAGAUGAAGAUGAGAAAAAUCCUGCACUCUCCUCUCCCAGCUCAGCUAGUUCGACUUCGCAGUUUGACGACGAUGACAUCUUCAUCGAUGGGGUGGUCGUGCUGACAUGACCUCCGUGUCCCCUGAUACCUGACCAAUGCACCCUGUGCCGUGCCAGGAAGAUGGGUCAAUAAUGUAGUUUAGUGAUCGUUCAUCAUCGCCAUUGCCACCACCGCGGUCAUUAGUUUGCUGGUUUUUGUAAGUUAUGUUUCAGCACUUGAGAUAUUGGGUGGAAUUGAUGGAUUGGAAGCUGCAUGCCCUGUAGUUUUGGUCAUAAGGCAGUUUUGGCGAUUAUGAGCUCCUUUUCUUUUUCUCUCUUCUUUGAUUACCUCUUGGCAGCCAUGGCAAUGUUCCCGUGAUGUAAGUUGGGACAAUUUGAUGAGAUGACGGCAUUGAGCUUGAAAAUGCCAAA